AUGACACCACCAAACACACCGCGAUGCAAUGAUACGGUGCGUGAUGGUCAUUGGCUGGACUUUGCUCCAAAUUCACCGUUGACAAAUCGUAUCGCUAACAGCAAUAAUCAUUCCGAAAUCGAAAAACGACGCCGUGAUAAGAUGAAUGAACUAAUGGGACAACUGGCUACAUUGAUACCCUCAACAUUUUGUCGGAAGCUUGACAAGCUUUCCCUACUGCGACUUGCACUUGAUCACAUUAGUACAAUGAGAACAUCGAAUGAUAAAAAAAUGGAUUGUGAUUGUUGCGCGAAGCAUGUCACCUUCAGUGAUUUGCUAAAUCUUCUCAAAAAUAAUGUCGAACAUUUUGUGACGGUCGUCGAUGUAUCAUCGGGAAAAAUUUUGUAUGCUUCCGAUGAAAUGAAUAAAUUUUUGGGAGAGAAUGUUUUUGCUCGAAAUUGGUAUGAAAUAUUACACCCCGCAGAUGCAGCUUUUUUCAAAAAGGAAACCAGUGUAGAAUGCUAUGAAAAUGUCAAUGCCAGCGAUUCAGUUAGUGAAACAGUAAGCUCGAGCACGGGAUAUUAUAAACCGAAAACAGAGUGGAAACUGGGUUUGAGGCGUUCUUUCCCAUGUCGUCUACGGAUUUACGAUUCCAAGGAUUCGGAUCACUUUGAGCAGAAUUACGAAUAUUUUCACUGUUACGGUUCAUCGCGUCGUGUUGACAAACCAUCCUUGAUGAUGUUGCUCAUCAAACUAUUUUCAUCACGCGUGGAAGAGCGGUUUCAGAUAACUAUAAUACCAAACGGUCGGAUCAUUCGUUGCGGUUCUGGACUGCCAUUCAUCCUGAAACACCUUCCACAAGAUCUUACUGGAUGUUAUUAUUACGAUCUCAUCCAUGAGGGUGAUCUGCUUGACGUGGCAUAUCAUCAUAAACAAGUAUUAAGUCGGCGUGAUACAAGAGAAACGAGUUACAGAAUCAGGGCGGUGAAUAAACACUGCAUCAUGGUUAAUGCUACUUGGAUACCGUUUACGAAUCCAUGGAAUCUUAAAACGCAGUUUAUCAUCAUUAAUCAUCGAAUCAAUUCAGUAAGAUGCGAUGAAGAAUCAAGCCCGGAACAGAGUGUUCUAAGGCAACUGUUAUCAAAUAAGCGGUCUCAAAGGAAUUAUCAGGAAACAACACCUGAAUUAACAGUUUUGGGUGUGGCUCGACUGGGAGAAUCUGUUGCUGAAGCAUUAUGA